UACGUUUCACGCGAACGGUGCUUCCAGCUGCUUGUUGUUCCGUUUGUCGGUGCAGCAGCUGUCAGUGAUCGGGAAGCAUAGUGACAGGGAUGGAGAUCGCGCCGUUGAGACCCUGGGGGGAUUUUUUCCCUGAUAUUGAUAGAUUUUCUAAACCUGAUGUGUCUGAUCUUAGUAAAUGGAAUAACAGAGUCAUUAGCAAUCUACUAUAUUAUCAGACCAAUUACUUUGCUGCGACCAUCGUAGUGUUUCUCAUUGUCGGGUUUCUGAACCCCCUGGGCAUGUUUCUCGGUGGGGCCAUUUUGGCUCUGGUAUUCAUGGGAUCUGUUUGGGCUGGAGAAAACAAGGCCAUGAUCAAGAACUUCAAGAAGAAGAAUCCCACUGUGUUUCUGGUUGGUGUUAUGGGUGUCAGCUACUUCCUGCUGUCCCUUUGUGGAGGAGUGAUGGUGUUCAUCUUUGGUAUCACGUUCCCCAUGCUCUUGAUCCUGAUCCACGCUUCACUGAGACUCCGCAGUAUGAAGAACAAGUUGGAGAACAAGAUUGAAGGUGUUGGCCUAAAGAAGACUCCCAUGGGAGUCAUACUGGAUCUCCUGGAUCAACAAGAAGAGAAAAUCAACAAAAUCCAAGAUUUCUUGGAGAGUAAAAUAAAAGAUUGAACAUGGGAAGCAUGUCAACAAAUUAUGUUUAUUUUUACUCAAACUGUGUUUAUCCAAUUGUAUUGUUCAUUGUUGUUUUUUAUUAGUUUCUUUGUCUAUUUUAUGGUGUUUUUCAUAAGAGACAUUUGUUUGACAAGUAAAUGUAAAAGGAAAUUUCUUUUGAAUAUUAAAGUAUGCCAAUAUUCUUUAAACAUCCAUCUUUAUCACAUCAUAUCACCAUGAAGUAGGUAAGAUGAACAUUUUAAAAUGCUGUUUUUAUUUCUGCUAUAAACCAUUAAAAUUGUCUACCGAACUGUAUUUGCUGCCUAUCAAGACAAAUUAUGCAAACUCAUGUCUCAUUUCCUUGUGUACACAACGUUUUGACAUUUUGUCUCUUUUGGUUUUCAAAGAGAAUUAAUUUGCAUGGAUGUUUAUGCUGUGUAAAGCUCAAUUAAAUCUAUAUAGACACAAUGACUAAAAGCACUUUGACAUAUUUAUAAAUUUGUCAUUUGUAGAUUUGGUUAUUGAUGUAUUUUUAAUCUAAUAGCAAAGGCGAUCAUCAUUCUUCUAUUUCACAUUUAUAAUAGCAAUUACAGCUUCAAACACAGUUGAUCUGUUAUUGCUUACAUUUAUUAAUAGACAAUGUUGUGCAAACCUGGAUGUGUGUGUGUGUGUGAAUAUGAUUUGCAGAUAAAUAAAAAAAAAUGCUGACACAUCCUCUGCUCGAACAAAUCUUGACAUGAAUUUGAUUUCAAUGCACAAUACCUCUUUGUUUAAUAAAGUGAAUUGUGGAAAGUUUGG